AUGCGGCAUCAUCACCCACACAACAAACAGUGGCAUCUCAAUCCGCUCCAGGCAAACCUCGUCGCCGCCGCGGGUGAGUUCGUCGGCACAUUUCUCUUUCUUUUCUUCGGUUAUGGCGGGCACAUUAUGGCCGUCUCGCAAUCUGCCUCCAAUGGUGAUAGUCCUGCCCAUACUGUAAUAUUUGUGGCCCUAUCCUACGGGUUUUCGCUGCUAGUUACGGCCUGGUCUUUUUAUCGUAUCAGCGGUGGACUUUUCAAUCCAGCAGUCACGUUUGGAUUGUGCAGCGCCGGUCAACUCUCUUGGACUAGGGGGGCUUUCCUGAUUCUAUCACAGCUCGUCGCCUGUAUAUGUGCGGGCGGUAUCGUCUCGGCUAUGUUUCCGCCUGAUAUCUCCCUGGUCAACACACUCCUCGCUCCAGGGGUCAACACGGCACAAGGUUUCUUCAUGGAAAUGUUCUUCACAUCCUAUCUUGUCUUCGUCGUCCUCAUGUUAGCGAUAGAGAAGUCAAAAGACACAUUCAUUGCCCCUAUCGGCAUUGGCUUGGCCUUGUUUGUGGCAGAGAUCCCGGGCGUAUACUUUACCGGAGGCUCGUUAAACCCGGCAAGGAGUUUCGGAUGCGCUGUUGCCGCUAGGAGUUUUCCCGGUUACCAUUGGAUCUACUGGUUUGGGCCACUCAUGGGAGCUGUAGUUGCUGCUGGCUUCUAUCGUUUCGUCAAGCGGUGCCACUACGAGGAGGCAAAUCCCGGGCAGGAUGAUUCAACGGCGGAAGAGGUGUAG